UCGGGGCUUCAGUUGUCUCCCGUGGUAGUGCCGCAAAGAUUCCGCCAGAGCGAGAUCCGAGGUUUCUUGCGAAAUUCAUUCGUUUCCACCGUGGUCGUGAUCGGACUGAAUCUUAGCUUACUGAUUGUGAACAAGUGUGUUGACGAUGGCGUCGACGGCCAGCAAAAAACAGCAGCAAACGCUGACUGAGUUUUUCGCGGCCAAAAAGUCUUCCCGAUUGACGGCCACGAAACAAGCAUCCCAAGCGUUGGAGAAACUCAAGUCGCUCCAGACCGAUCUGAGAGAGAUCAAGGCGAAGAAGGCGAAUCUGAAACAAGAUCAAUCCGAAAAGAAAUCGCCAUCAUACGAGCGCUACGCUAGUUUGCUCGAGCCCAAGUUGGACCCGCCGCUAGAGCCUCGCGUCGUUGAGACUCUAGACAAUAUCCUCUCCGGUAAAAUCGCACCGGUCUCUCCGAAACAACCGGGCAAAGGAAAAAGCGCCCUAGCACGACUCGAAGCCAAGCGUGCAGCACUCAGAUCCUUCAAGGAGAAGUUGAGUCGUAUCGAAUCCGAGCAGCAGAAAUUGAAAGAAAUCCGAGAGGCGAAAGAGCUCAAAGAGGUUCCCGAGGUUCCUGCUCAUGAAAAGUACAGGUACCUCACAGCCCCGUCCGGUACUCUCCCAUUACCAGCACACUACGAGAAACUUUUCAAUGGCUUCACCGCGUCCGACACCGUGGUCUCCAUGUUCCACAAUCGAAAAGAGCUUUGUCGGCUGGAGAAGCUCUCCCAAGCGGUGCGGAAGAUGACCCGGAACAACUUCGGUCUGCCAGAAGUCUCGAAGAUACUCACCGUGAAACCGGACGCGUACAAGAUCACUGUCGAACAGCACCGGUUCCUCGACACUACGGCCAAGAUGCACCAUAUUGUCGACUUCGCGGAAGCUCCAGAAGGUCCGAAGUUUUUGAUGCAACGGAAAUCUGAGUUCAAGGAGAAGCUCAUUCUCAACGUUGCCAGGUACCACCAACAAUUCAUCGAUAAGCACAUGCCGGGUUCGGAAAUCCCAAUGGAAGCACUCAAGAGAUGGCAUCCCAAGUUCCGUCUGGAUGAGAUUCCCGAUAUCACGGAAGCUGAAGUUCCGAAACUCCCGGACAGCUCAGAGACACCGAAAGCGAAAGAUAUUUUGGAGAGAGUCCGCGGCAAAUUCUCUGUACGGAUCGAGAAGGCGUUGGAAAGCUUGGCUGAAAAGCAGAGAAAGACCGACGGAAACAACAACGAGUCCCCUGGACAAGAAUCAAGUGAUGAGAGAGCUGUGCAUGGAGUUAGCAAAAGUCUCCUCGAACGAAUCAAGAGGAGGGAAGCGCUGAAAAUGGCUGAAAGAAUGGUCAUGGGAGGCGAAAGCGGCAAAGAUCGGCGCCAGCUCCAGGCUCUGCCGAACCUUAUACGGACGAUUCGUCAAAUAUUUAUUUCGUCCCAGAAAGCCGCACUACUCUACACGGAUCUCGUUGCAAAAAUUAACGAUUGUGGAUCGUACGAUGAUCUGGACUGUUUGAUGACGCGUCUCUCGGAAAUCGCCCCGGAAUGGUACAAACCACUCAAAGUUCGAAAUUCUCAAUACGUCAAGAUAGACAAGGAGAGAGACAUCAACAUAAUUUGUGCUCGGGUAGAGAAUUUAGCCAAAGAUGUGAACAGUGCCAAGAGCCUCUAA